AUGGCAUUAAGGUAUACAUCGCAAGACCUAAUACACUUGGGCCAGUCGCCGCUAUGUGUCAGGCCGAACGCUUUGCCUCCUGCUGAGGAGUGGAUGGGACCGCCCCCCGAUACUUUCCGCAACAAUCAGCCAGCUGGCAAGACUGCAACCGACAGAGCCAGAAAUGGCGAUAGCUCUCUAGUUGAUCAGACCAACCGGCGGCCAGGCGUGGACCGGCAUGCCUCACGGAACAAUACAAACACUGACGGCAUCAUUCUCGGCCCACCUCGAACUACCUUCUCGUCAUCAACCUUGACUCGAGGCGCCAAGCCGUUUGAUAAUGACAAGACAUUUGGCUCUUACCGCCGGAACGGCGAGGGCGAAAACGACCGCGAACGAGGGGACAGGGCUGGCGAUGGCCGAACCGGUUUCCGACGUCGCGCCGACGGCGAUCAGGAUAGCGAUGGCUGGACCGCCGUCAAGCCCCGCAAGAGCUUUGGCACCGAGGGCGCUGAGCGUUUCAAUGGCCGCAUGGGAGUCGAUCGGAACGAGCGAUUCAAUGGCGAGCGCCGAGCACGUGAUAACCAAGACGACACUACUGAGCGACCCAAACGCAGCAACUUUGGCGAGUUUGCCCGGGAGAAGGAGGAUGACGACGCCGAGCGGCCUCGUCGCAACGGGCUACCUAGGACCAGGACCGACCAAUCCACCUGGAAUCGUGGAAACAACGAUGAUAGCGAGCAGCCGGCCCCCCCUGCCCGCGAAAGGUUCGACAGAGCCAAGAGCUGGAGGGAGAGAGCAGCACCGCCGGAAGACCAACCACGGGACGACAGGCGCCGAGAUCGCAAUGUCGGCAGAUGGGACAGAGACCAGCGACAGGAACGCGACCCUGAAUGGUUUGAGGAGCCAGCCGAGGAGAAGACCCAGGCUCAUAGCAUCCAGGAUCUGCAAAAGUUUAUGGAAGCCAUGAAGAAGGGCGGCCCCCUUGCCGAGCCAGGCCCCGUCGCUGGCAUCAACACCGCUGCGCGCGACUCGGUGUUCGAGACCGAGGCAGCCAAGGUCAAGUCGGCCCCGGCCGUCGAGAUGGGCCCUGACCAGUUCUUUGCCAAAUAUGCACCGACUCCAGGAGCAGACACGGAGCACCCACUCGAGCUUCCGAAAGAGGCCCCAGCCCCCAAGCCUAAAGGCGGGUCGAGAUUUGGCAGUUUCUUCGCAUCGCAGCAGGGGCGACAGACGGAACCCUCGACGCCGGCGGCAGCAGCCCCACCGACACAGGAGCCCAAUCCCUUGCUCUUCUUCGGCGGUGCAGGCGCACCUAUCCAUGCCGCACAAAGUAUUCCUUCUGGCAAUCUCGGCGGUACAGAUGACAGGGCCGCCUUCGAGAAUAUUCUACUCAAGCUCAAGAAGCAGCACAUUACGUCCGACAGUCCUCCAUCUGGCGGCUUCCCGAUACCAAGUAGUCAGGAACGGAAUCCUCAGAGCUCGAUCGCGUCGCCCGGUCCGUAUCCACCUUUUGGUCUCGAACAACGUGAAGGGCCACCAAGUAGAGGCCCUCUUCCCCAAGAAAGCUACGGGCACAGACAGCAGCCAUCUAACUAUUUGCCACAAGGGCCCAUGGGAGCAGAGGCACAACUACACCAUCUCAUCGCCCAGCGACAACCACUGGCUAGCCAGGUGCCUGGCCGUGAUCAAACCCAGGCGCGCAACAACGCCGAGUUCUUGAUUAGUUUAAUGCAAAGCAGCAGAAACGUGCCCGAACCACAGAGAGCCGAGCAGCCUCCUCUUAGGAUGCCUCAACCUUCUAGACCGGCGCAAAUACCGCAGACACCAGAUCGGGAACCAGACUUUGUGCGCGAGCGCGGCGGACCACACCAGCAAGGUCGUCCUCAAGGACCUCCAGGCUUUUUUGAAGAGCCCCAGAUUCGUCACGAGCAGGACAACCGAAGACAGCAACCUACACAGAUUCUGCAGCGGCCUGGUCCAGUCGGCUUAGAUCAACUCCAACCCAAUUGGCUGCAGGGCGGCGGACAACAAGGCCCACCUGGUCCAGGAAGACCUAUGAUACCGCCACCAGGACUCGCCGGUAACCCUCGCAACGUACCCAUCCCCGGCAUGUUUCCGCCCGGCUUCCCUCCCAUGGGAGCGUUCCCGCCCGAUGCCAUGCGCAACAUGGCUCCUCCGCCGGGGCUUUUUGGCGGUCCUGGCGGUCCCCCUCCCCAUGGAUUUAUCCCUCCACCUGGCAUGGGCGGCUUCCCUGGUGGACCCGAAGCUCUUGCUUUUGGGUUUGACGGGCGAGGUAUGCCUCCUCCCGGUGCAGCCAACUUCCGCCGAAACUAG